AUGCAGUGUUAUACGGAGCUCACAGCUCCUACAGCUGUCACCCACUCACUUACUUUACCCUUUCUCUCCCAUGACAGCAAUAACCUAGUCAUUGCGAAGGGCUCCCUGCUGCAAAUAUUCGGGACGAAGGCGAUUCCAGUCGAGGUCGACAACGCGCUGCGACAGGAUUCUCCCUCGAACACGACACCCUCACUCGCUUUCGAAAGCCGCCGGGGCGACGAUGACCACCUCGAGUCUUCACUUUUGGCGGAGGGUAUCCAUCGAGCAGACAGAGGCAACAACACUAAGCUUGUCCUCGUCGCCGAGUACCCUCUUGCCGGCACCGUAUGUGGGCUAGCUGCAGUUAAUAUCCAGGGCAGCAAGUCCGGAGGUCAUGGUCUAUUGGUCGCCUUGCAGACCGCGAAGACAUGUCUAGUGCAAUGGAAUCCCGAUACUCACACCAUUAUCGACACAUCGGUGCAUUUCUACGAGAAUGAAGACGGUUCUUCGUUUGACCUUCCCCUCUCCGAAUACGAGACAGUUCUGCAGGCGGACCCCGGCAGCAGAUGCGCGGCCAUGAAAUUCGGCCUCCGGAGCCUUGCGAUUCUGCCGUUCAAACAAGCAAGCGCGGACAUAGAGAUGGAUGAUUGGGAUGUGGAUUUAGACGGACCUCGACCCGCUAAGGAAGCGCCUCCUGAAGCCUCAGACAAGGCCACCACCAAUGGUGUUAUUAAAGAAACGCCUUACACCGAAUCGUUUGUCCUCCGAUUCCCUCAGCUCGAUCCAAAGCUUCUAUUCCCUGAGCAUUUCGCCUUCUUAUACGAAUAUCGAGAGCCAACGUUUGGCAUCCUAUCUUCGACUCAACAAGAAGCCUACUUCCUUAGCCGCAAGGACCACAUGUCAUAUAAAGUCUUUACUUUAGACCUGCAUCAGCGCGCGUCAACUACCAUUCUUGCUGUGGACAACCUCCCUGACGACGUACAUCGUGUCAUACCACUCCCCGCUCCCGUUGGAGGCGCGCUUCUAGUUGGCGAUAACGAGUUGAUCCACAUCGACCAGUCCGGUAGAGCCAAUGGUGUCGGUGUCAACCCGUUUGCGAAGAUAUGUACCGCAUUCCCACUCGCGGAUCAAAGCAGCCUUCAUCUACAGCUUGAGCACUGCGUGAUUGAGCAGCUAGCUCCUGAAUCGGCAGAGCUACUCAUGGUCUUGAAUACUGGUAAGAUGGCGAUUAUCAGCUUCAAGAUAGAUGGCCGAACCGUAACCGGAGUCAGCGUGAGAAUAAUCUCACAAGAAUGCGGUGGAAACAUCAUACCCUCGAGGAUUUCGUGCAUCUCUAAGGUUGAUAAGCAAGCGCUUUUCAUCGGAAGUACUACUAGCGACUCACUCGUGGUGGGAUGGACCAGGAAGCACAGCCAAUCCGCGAGAAGGAAAUCACGUCUUGUCGACCCGUCACUUGAGUAUGAGCUAGAUGACCUUGAUAUUGAGGACGAGGAUGAUGAUGAUGACCUUUACGGCGAUUCCACGAGUCCAAGCUCAGUCGGAAACCAGAACGGGACCAAUGGGCCAGUCAAGGAUGGAGACCUGAUCUUCCGUGUACAAGAUACCCUUCCGAGUAUUGCUCCAAUACGGGAUAUCUCCCCCGGACGAGCAGCUUUCUUCCCAAAUAGCGAAGAGAAGAGGAACUCUGAGGGCGUAGUUAGCCCGUUGCAACUUGCCUGCGCCGUCGGUCGAGGUAACGCCGGAUCAAUCGCCAUCCUAAACAAGAAUAUCCAGCCAAACGUCAUCGGACGCUUCGAGUUCCCAGAGGCGAGGGGAAUAUGGACCAUGUCAGUCCAGAAACCGAUCCCCAAGGCGCUGCAGGCGGAGAAGGAGAUCUCGGCUGCUAUCGGGAGCGAUUACGGAGCUGCGGCGGAAUUUGAUCGGUUUAUGAUUGUCGCCAAGGUUGACCUUGAUGGCUACGAGACCUCAGACGUCUACGCCGUGACUGCCGCGGGAUUCGAGGCUCUUACGGGCACCGAGUUUGACCCUGCCGCGGGAUUCACCGUGGAGGCUGGAGCUAUGGGCAAGCACAAGAGGGUAAUUCAAGUUUUGAAGUCCGAGGUGCGGUGCUACGACGGAGAUCUUGGCCUCUCACAAAUCAUUCCUAUGCUCGACGAAGAGACGGGAGCGGACCCCCGUGUCGUCAGCGGCAGCAUUGCGGAUCCUUUCCUAUUGCUCAUCCGAGAUGACUCCAGUGUGUGGAUCGCGCAGAUCGAUAACAACUGCGAGUUGGAGGAGAUGGAGCGAAUUGAUGACAAACUUACUUCCACAAAGUGGUUAAGUGGAUGCCUCUACACCGACACUGAAGGGCAUUUCAUAAAGGAUCGACAGUCGCCUAACUCGCCGAAUAUAUUGGCGUUCCUUGUUAAUACUGCCGGCGCCUUAUACGUCUACUCCUUACCUGAUCUAAGCAAACCCAUCUUCGUUGCAGAAGGGCUCGCAUACCUACCUCCAUUCUUGUCUACAGAUUUCAGCACCCGAAGGGGGACUCCUAAGGAGAGCCUCACAGAGGUGCUAGUCACCGAUCUGGGUGAUACCACCUACAAGUCGCCAUAUCUAAUCGUUCGAAAUUCUACAAACGACCUCACUAUAUACCAGCCCAUUCUCCGCCAGGGUGGGGAUAGCUUUAGCAAGGCCUUGCACUUCAAGAAACUGCGCAAUCCCGCUCUCGCUUCGAAUCCUGAGACCCCAGCACCUCAGGAUGAUACCACGCCACAGGAGCCACGUUUUGUCCCGCUCCGCGCCUGUGCCAACGUCGGAGGAUACAGCACAGUGUUCCUCCCAGGUACCUCGCCCAGUUUCCUCAUGAAAAGCAACAAGAGCACCCCCAAGCUCAUUGGCCUCCAAGGGCGCAGUGUGCGGGGCAUGAGCUCUUUCCACACGGAGGGUUGUGAGAGGGGAUUCAUCUAUGCGGACUGCGAGGGAAUUGCGCGAGUUACUCAGCUUCCGGCGAAGACUAGCCUUGCGGAGCUGGGCAUCUCGGUCCGCAAGAUACCACUCAACUUCAACGUGAAGCAGAUCGCGUAUCAUACCGCGAUGGAGAUAUACGCCGUGGGCGGAAGCGUUCUCGAACCGUUUGAACUUCCCAAAGACGACGAGCACCGCAAGGAGUGGACUCGGGAAAAUAUCGACAUGAAACCAAUGGUCGAACGCGGGGUGGUCAAACUGGUCAACCCUGCUAAUUGGAGCGUCAUCCAGACUAUUGACUAUGAGCCGUUCGAGGAUGUGCUAUGUCUCAAGGCCCUCAACCUCGAGGUGUCCGAGGUCACCAAGGAAAGACGCCAGCUCGUCGUCGUGGGCACGGGUACGCGAAAGGGCGAGGACCUGCCGAUCCGCGGCAGAGUCUACGUCUACGACGUGGUGGCCGUCAUCCCGGAGGCAGGAAGACCAGAAACGAAUAAGAAGCUCAAGCUCAUCGCCAAGGAGGACAUCCCCAGGGGCGCCGUGACGGCCGUGAGCGAGAUCGGCACUCAGGGGCUGAUGCUCGUGGCGCAAGGCCAAAAGUGCAUGGUCCGCGGUCUCAAGGAGGAUGGUUCGCUGCUUCCCGUGGCCUUCAUGGAUAUGAGCUGCUACGUUACCGCUGCGAAGGAACUACGGGCUUCGGGGCUCUGCGUCAUGGCUGAUGCGGCUAAGGGCGUGUGGUUUACGGGGUGCACCGAGGAGCCGUAUCGUAUGCAGCUGUUUGGAAAGAGCACGACUAACCUCGAGGUGGUGACGGCGGAUUUCCUUCCUGAUGGGAAGAACCUGUAUCUAGUGGCGGCGGACAUGAAUGGCGAGAUCCACGUCUUCCAAUACGAUCCCGAACACCCCAAAUCCCUCCAAGGCCAUCUCCUCCUCCACAAAACAACCUUCUGCACCUCCUCCAACGGCCCCACCGUAACCCUCCUCCUCCCCCGCACAACAACCACGUCCUCCUCCGCUUCCAACCCCCUCCAACCCCCGCAACAAAACGGCCACGACCCGGGAACCUUCCAAACCCACAUCCUCCUCAUGGCCUCCGAAAGCGGCAUGCUCUCGACCAUCUCGCCCCUUCCCGAAGCCGCCUACCGCCGCCUCCUAUCCCUGACGGCGCAGCUCGUCACGGCCCUGCCGACGGCUGCGGGCACAAAUCCCAAGGCGUACCGCAUGCCGCAUCCCGCAGCGGGUACCGUGGGUGUGGACACCGCUAGCGGAAGGACGAUGAUUGACGGGGCUGUGUUGGCGCGGUGGGGGGAGUUGGGGACGGGGAGGAGGGCGGAGUUGGCGGGACGGACGGGGUAUGCGGGUGUUGAGCAGGUUAGGGGGGAGUUGGAGUCGUUGUUGGGGUGGGCGGGACUUGCGUAUUAUUGA